GGUUUCACGGCCAUUUCAUCAAUACAAGUUUAAGUGUUCUCUCUACGUACUAAACAAGUAAUCAAUCUAAAGAUGGAAGGCAAAAAUGUGAUUCUAAGUGUGCUCAUAAUGAGUCUUGUCAUGGCGCAGAAUCAAGUCGAGGCAAAGAGUUGUUGCCCGAACACCACUGCCAGAAACACGUAUAAUGUUUGCCGUCUUCCUGGAACCCCUAGGCCAAUUUGUGCAUCAAUCAGUGGAUGCAAAAUUGUUUCUGGGACAUGUCCUCCGGGAUAUACAAAUGAAAUUCUCGAAAACUCUGGUGAUGCUGUCAGUGAAUACUGCAAGUUGGGGUGUGCAUUCUCUGUGUGCGGUGCCCUAAGCACUCUCCAAAACUCCGAUGCAAGUGAAAUUGUGAAUAGAGCGGUUGCACAGUGCACCAACGCAUGUUCUAAUAUCUGCACCAAGCGCUCGGUUAAUGCAGUUGAACCUGCCUAAAACAAGCACAUUCACGAUCUAUGUACUGUAUGUGUUGUUGUUCUUCCUGUUUUCAAUAAUUGUCGUGUAUAUCCACGAUCUAUGUAUUGUUGUUCGUCCUGUUUUCAAUAAUUGUCGUGUAUGUGACAAAAUGCUAGACUCUGUUUUCUGUUUUAUGUGUUGUAGAAGGUCACCGAUCCCUAGAUUGUUAUCCCUUCUACUUGCUAUAUCCAAAUAAAGAAUAAUGUUCCCUUU